AUGAAAGAUUUGGGAUCACUUAAUUACUUUCUUAGCCUUGAAGUGUCAUCAUAUGUUGAUGGGUAUUAUCUGUCUCAAGGGAAAUAUGCUUCUGAUCUCCUAACUCGAUGUAGUCUUACUGACUUUACUGUGUCAUCAACACCACUAGAUCCGAAUGUUCGCUUGACUCCGCUUGAUGGUGUUCCUCUCGGCGAUGCUACUAUGUACCGACAACUAGUUUACAGUCUUAUUUAUCUCACUGUGACCCACCCAAAUAUUGCCUAUGUUGUUCAUAUUGUUAGUCAAUUCAUGGCUACUCCCCGGUCUAUACAUUUUACAGUUGUUUUUCGUAUUCUGCGAUAUGUCAAGAGCACUCUUAGUCAUAGAUUUCAUUUUUCUUCUCAGACAUCCUUAGUGUUAUCUGGUUGUUUAGAUACUGAUUGGGCUGGUGAUCCCACUGAUCGAUGUUUCACGCAGGUUAUUGCUUCAACUUAG